UAGGAAGUCCCGCCCCUUUUCCAAUGACGCCAACGGCGCCGUGUUGUGGGUCUGCUGGUAGCUAAACCUCACAUUACUGCACAAUACAGUUCGUUAUUUAAUUCAAGUGAUCGUGAUCUUAAGAAGGGCUGUACAUUGCGGAAUAUCAUGUCAGACACGGAGACCAAGCCCUCAAGUGAUGGAGGCGAGAAGAAAGACGGAGAAUAUAUCAAACUGAAAGUAAUCGGUCAGGACAACAGUGAAAUCCACUUCAAAGUGAAGAUGACAACACAUUUAAAGAAGCUGAAGGAAUCCUACAGUCAAAGACAGGGUGUACCCAUGAACUCUCUAAGGUUUCUUUUUGAGGGACAGAGAAUUGCAGACAACCAAACCCCCAAAGAGCUGGGAAUGGAAGAUGAGGAUGUGAUCGAGGUGUAUCAGGAACAGACCGGUGGCUGUCGGAAUGAUUAGACUCUUUAUUUUUAUCUUAAUUUUGUAUGUAUGACAUGUAUUUCAUCUGUUUCCUUUUGCUGUCACAUCAAAGGGAAGCAGACAAACCAUCUGGAUCAAAUAGAUAAUCUGUCAGGGCAGCUGUGUUUGAAGAAGUUGGGUGGAACUACUAUAGAAAGUGUUUUUCUAGCCAUGUCCCACGUUCUCUCUCUGCUAACUCAUCCCUGCCUUCAUACGCUUUUUUUUUAUAUAU